AUGACUGGAAUCACCGUGUCGCCACCGGGAUCCUUCCCAUCCUCUCCCUCCUUCGGUGCCUCUCGCGCCUCCAGAUCCUCCUCCACAUCGUCACGACGACCCAACCUUUCGCUGGACAUGUCCAACCUCCCAACUCUCUCCCAGCCCACUCCGCCAACCAACACGCUCCUCAUAACCGACCUCAAUGACCUCCUCCUCUUCCAACCGGACGCUCUCGCCGCGAUCCGCGCCCAGCUCGAAUCCAUCGCCCCUCUGAACUCCUUCUCCCCGCUGCCCUCGCUCCGCCGCAUCAUCUGCUCCUUCUACUCGGAGCAAGACGCCCUCCGCAUCCGCAAGCUCCUCGACGGCGCCUCGCUGCUCGACCGGUCCAGCGCACGCGCCAAGAUCUACUUCGGCGAACCCACCCCCAUCAUGGACGAGCAGGGGCCCAAACUCCUCGAGGCGCCGCAACUCGACAAACUCUUCUUCAUCUCGCCGCCCCCCAGCCCCCCGCACGGAUGGGUCAUGCGCAACGAAGACCCGCCCAACAAGGAGGUCCACGCCAGUGACUUGGCCCACGCCCUGGCGAACCUGAAGACCGAGCAGUCCGGCGCCGCCGGAGUCGCCGGCUUUGGCGGCGCUGACGCCAACGCCAACGCCAUGGAGCCGGGAACCCCCAUGUCCAUCUCCUCGGAUAAGCGCACGCCCAGCUGGCCCGUCGCCGUCUCGCAGCAGCGCAGCCGCAGCAGCACCCUCAUCUACCACCCGGAUAACCACGGCGGCAGCCCCAACCUCCCCGCCGUCAUGGUCGAGGACACCAGUGCGUCGGUGGAGGACGCCGACGUCGAGAUGAGUCCGAUCGAGAUGCCGGUGAAGAAGAUGCCGCCGAAGACAACCCGGCCGCCCGUCGAACUGAUGGAGUAA